ACACAGCAGUGAGCUGGGAAUCUGUUUGGAGGCGUAGACAAGUCUCUCCGUGCUAUGUAGGGACAACAAUGGAUACCCAGAAGGAUGUGCAACCCCCAAAGCGGCAGCUGAUGAUACGUAUCUGUGGAGAACGUCCCACAGAAAAUGAAAUAAAAUCCAGGGAUCCAAUCCAAUGCAGAGAAUGCAGAUACAGAAUAAUACACAAGGAAAGGACUAAAAGACUGGUAGUUUCUGACGCUCGAUGAAAUGUGGAAUU